AUGUUGCUGCUCAGACUGACCCUUAGCCUGGUCCUCCUUGGCUCCUCCUGGGGCUGUGGCGUUCCUGCCAUUAAACCAGUGCUGCACUUCAGCCAGAGGACUGUCAAUGGGAAGAACACAGUGCCGGGCUCCUGGCCCUGGGAGGUGUCCCUGCAGGACAGCAAAGGCUUCUGCUUCUGCAAUGGGUCCCUCAUCGGCCAGUCCUGGGUGGUCACGGCUGCCCACUGCAAUGCUGUGGGCUGUGGCGGUGAGGAACUUACAGGAUGCCCUGGCCUAACCCCUGGCACCCAUCACCCUGGAGACCUGUGCCCACGCCCAUCCUACACGGCCCCUUCCUGGCUCCACAGGCACCCUUCCUGGAAUCCCACCACCAUGAACAAUGAUCUCACAUUACUGACACUCGGCUCCCCAGCCCAGUACACAAUGUGCAUCUCACCAGUUUGCCUGGCUUCCUCAAAUGAGGCACUGCCUGAAGGCCUCACAUGGCCGGCUGGGUGCCUCAGUGGUGUGGGCAGUGUGACUCAGGCACACCUGCGGUGGCUAGUUCUGCCCCUGGUCACCGUGAGAUGGUGCCAGCAGUACUGGGUCUCAUGCAUCACCAGCUCCAUGAUCGGUGCAGGGGCCUCCUUGUGCCAGGGUGAUUCUGGAGGCCUCUUGUCUGCCAGAAGGGGAACACAUGGGUGCUCACUGAUACUGUCUCCUGGAGCACCAGUGACUGCAGUGUGCCCACGCCUGCCACGUACACUCAGGUCAGCAGGUUCAGUACCUCAGUCAAUCAGGUCAGAGCCUACAACUGAGCCCACCACAGGCUCCGCUGGGGUCCAAUAA